AUGUCUGAAAUAAUCCCUCACGUGUAUUUGUCAUCAAUUGUUUACGCCAAAGAUUAAAAUUGGCUAAAUAAAAACCAAAUCUCAAAUAUUCUCAUUAUCGGAGACUUGCCUGAGUAUUUCCCCUCCAAAUAUUCUUAUAAAUGCAUUUCAAUAGAGGAUAAACCAGAAACCAACAUACGGUAAUACUUUGAAGAGUGUAUCGAAUAUAUUGACUCAAUAAUUGCCCAAGAUAAAAAUAUUUUAGUUCAUUGUUAUGGAGGUUAGAGCAGAUCAGUGACCAUCAUAACAGCCUACAUUAUCAGAAAAUUAAGACUCAAUUCGUUAAGAGCCUUAAAUUAUGUAAAAUAAAAGCAUGCCAGAGCUGAACCUAAUUAAGGGUUCUUAGAUCAAUUGAAGACAUUUGUAUGA